AUGAGAUCAGCUACAAUUUGCUUGACUUGCUGGCUUUUACUCUCUUCAUCUUUUGGUGGAAGCAAUGCCACAUCUCUGACAGUCCCACCAGAGCCACCGGUAUGGCCAGAGACGUUCCAUGCAGUGGCUGUGCAGAAUCGCAGUGGAAGCCUAGCACUUGUGGAUCUGUACUAUGAGUGGCAGAGAGGGAGGAAUGCAAACCUCAUCCAUUCCCAGCUUGGGACCACUCUGUAUGACAUCGAGUACACCAACCACACCAGCUAUUAUUUUAAUCUGGAGGAGGGGACAUGCCGAAAGAUUACCUUCCCUGUGGGUAUCUUGACGCCAGACUGGCUGGCCAAUGCGACGUACCUGGGAACAGAAAAUGUGGAUGCUCACGACACACAUGUUUGGACAAAGGCCGAUGGCUUUAUAAAAUACUAUGCUGAUGUCCACACUGGUUUGCCGGUGCGAUGGAUAUUCUUUGACGGGGCCCAGUUCGAGAUACUGAGCUUUGUUGUCAAUGAGACUUUGCCUGAUGCCGAUUGGCAAGCUCCUAGCUAUUGUUUCACAGAUAAAAGUCAGAAGCUGCUUCACAACACUGUCCUGAUGGCAUGA